UCUGCUAGCGGACAAAGAUUAAGAUGUCGGAAAACCAAAAUAAACAAAGCUGCCUGCAUUGUAGAGUAUUCAAUCCGAAAUUCCGCUACCAGGAGAUAUUUGAUGAGUUUGGUACCGAACUGGGCCUGCAAUCCUUGCUGGCCAAGCACUUUGACUUGAAUGUGACGCAGGACUGUAAUAAGCAGCAGUUGCUGUGUGAGGUUUGCGUCAACAGUCUAAUCCGUCUCUUUGACAUCGAUGAACUGCAGCGGGAACAGGAUGCCUUGAAGAAUAAGACCAAGACCAAGGAGUCUGCUCCUGAGCAGCAAGUAUCUGUGGCCAUCCAAGAAUCCAGUGCUCCGCCAUCCCCAACGGUGGAUCCUGCUAAAAAAGAGGUGGCGCCUCCAAAGACUAAGACCGUAAAAACUGUACUUGUUGCUCCUAAAAGAGAACUCAUUGUUCGCAUCGACAAGGAACCAUCAACUCCACCUCAGAUUCCUCCGGCUUCUUCGCAGGAUUUUGAUAAAGUUAAGGAGCAGGAAAGAUGCCCUCUCCCCGUCAAAGUAGAAUCCAAAAGAGUUCCAAAGGAAUCGGAUCAGGAGCAGAUCAGCCGCCUUAUUCGGAACAUCCUCAACGACGACGAGGUGAUCGUUGAAGAGGUUUCACAUUCGAUUCCAGUGGAAGUUGAAAAAAAUGAGGGAAUAGUUCUGCUGGACAGCGAGUCUAUCCCCGACACGGAUCUAGACCAGGAAGAAUUCAUUUACGACCAUGAAGAUAUUCUAGACCCGGUGCUGCCAGACUUAAAGUUGAAGACUGAGACUCAACCGAAGGGUCAGGAGGAGGAUAGUCAGAGUGAAGGAGACGAUGGUAGUGAAUCCAGCAACGUCAUACUCUUCAACUUUGUUGAGAUCAAAGAUCAUGACGACGUUGGGAACAUUUUCGAAUACCUGUCCACGGUGGUGAAGACCAGCUUUGAAAAACUCUCUUUCGAGUGGUGCACAGAUUGCAAACACUGCUCCCAAAAGUUCCAAAAUUUCGAGUCUCUCUUUAGUCACAUGUUGAAAGCGCACAAAUCUCGAGGUAAUGCCUUCAGGUGUCCUUUAAAGGACUGCAGCAAGGAGCUAAAAGGAAGCCAGUUUCUGGCCAUGCACUUGGUGCUCAUGCAUGCCCAAGUGGCAGAAAUUCCAAUCUAUGGCAGCUGUCCGGAGUGCAGAAUGACGUUUUCAAACAUUCUGCAGUACAACAAACACUCUUGUGCCCAUGUUAUCAAAAAGAAGCGAGGAGUGCGGCUUUACUGCGAAAUGUGUGCUCAGGAAUUUCCAUCCUGGAAGCGUUUCAACUUUCACAACCAAUUUCAUUUGGAGAAACACAGGCCGCGCAAUUGUUUCAUCUGCGAUUAUGCCAGCAAGAAUAUUGACGAACUUUUCCAGCACUUGAACUACUUCCAUGAGCCAGAGGGAACACUAUUCUGUGAUAUCUGUGAUCGCACCUUCCGAGAUCCUGAGGUUUUUACGGAGCACAACAAAUCCCAUGCCAAUAUUGGUGGCAGCAGCUUUACCUGCAGUGAGUGCAUGGCCUCGUUCGAGUCGCGUGGUCGAUUGUAUGGGCACAUGAGAGCCAUGCAUGGCAGCGCUAUAAGCUGCGAACUGUGCUCCCGCGAGUUCGCCACCGAGGCUACCUACAACAUUCACAUGAAGAAGCACUUGAUCAUCGAGAGGGACGUCAAUGUGUGCACCAAAUGUGGCCAGCUGAGCGACAACCUGGAGAACAUGCAGGCCCAUGUACACAAUAAGGAGUCCCCCUGUUUUCAAGCAAAGGUUUCCACAGAACUCCUUCGCGAUGCCUAUACCUGCGAACAUUGCUCGCUGUACUUUAAAGAAAAAGAUGACCUGCAACGCCAUCGGAAAACGGGCGUCCACAAGAACGGAUUGUAUUGGUGCCAACCGUGUGGCAAGGAGUUUUCACAUAUGAAGCUAUACCGCCACCACAUUCGAAACUUUCAGCAGAUAAGAGGAGAUGCCACACACCGCAAACUGGAGAUUUGUGUUUUAUACAUGUGUGACCAGGAGGACUGUUCUGAGGCUUAUGCGAAUUGGAACUCCUUGUAUACGCACAAGCGACGAACCCACGAGUCCUCCAGCAAGCAAGCUAAGAAUACUUCAAAACCUGAACAAGAAUGGGUAUGCCAGUUCUGUUUGAAGCAGUGCCGCUCUAAGAUGUCGUUGUCAGUUCAUGUAGCAAGGAGCCACAAUAAUGACAAUGUUGUCUGUGCUUUGUGUAAUGCUUCUUAUAAGAACCAGGAAGCUUUGGACAAGCACCAUGCCUACUGGCACGAGCCCAUUGAAUGCCCCCAGUGCUUCAAAAUCGUCAAAAACCGUCGAAACUAUGAUACCCAUGUAAACGUGGUCCAUUCCAAUACGAAGCGCUAUGCCUGCAGUGUUUGUCAGAAGGGUUUCUACCACAAAAGCGAAAUGGAGUCGCAUCAGAGACUCCAUGGGCAGUCCUACAAUUGUGACCAGUGCAGCUUUACCACCAGGAACAAGAAGUCCCUGUCCGUUCACGUUCUCGGUCAGCACUACAAGCGAUUUGCUUUCGAAUGCAUGAUGUGCCACAAGCGAUUUGGAAGGCAACAGGGUCUGAACACCCACAUGCAGCGAGCUCACGGAUCGACGUUCACGUGCCGGGAGUACUUUGAAGGCGGCUGCGGGCGCAGCUUUCUCAACAGUUCCCAGUUGAAUGUACAUGUGCGAAAGGUUCACAACGGCACUAUAUUCCUGACCGAGGAAGAGGAGGAGGAAUUCAUCAACGACGGGCCAUCGACGUCUAAGAAACGAUGCUUUCGGAUCGACGAUGAUACCCAUAUCGAGUUUGUAGAGGAUGCCGACACCACCCAAGAUGGAAUGGAAGUUGUGGAUGAAAUAGAAGAGGAUGAGUUCGAAGACGAAGGCUUAGAUGCCAAGAAUUAA